AUCGAACCCGUGUCCCCUGUGUUGGCAGGUGGACUCUUAACCAUUGCGCCACCAGGGAAGUCCCACCUGAUGUGUUUUAUUGAUCUUUAUAUGAUCUUUCCUCAUAGACAUUUUUGACUAAAUGGACCAGUCUUACUAAGGAUAACUUAGAACUUCAGUGGCCGUUACAAGAAACCCUUUAUGUCCCCAAACUUGUUUUUCUCCGAACCAAGUUAGAAGACCAUGGUUACCAGAUUAAACCAUCCACAUAGGGUAGUUAUUUUAAUUGUUAUCUGGAGGCUUCUAAAUGGGUUCAGGAUUAUAAAAUUGCCUCCUUACCAAAUACUGUUUCCAAAUUGAAGCAAAUAAGCAGCUAAAGGUGGAUUUUUAAAAUGUCACUGGCCUCUUUCUUGGUGUGAGCUGAGGUCCCUCCUACCCUUACUGCUCCAUCUCCUUUGUACCUCUAUCUUUGCUGCCUCCUUAUCCCUCCCCUCUCUCUGAACUUCCUUUCUUUCCUGUCACUGAACCCUCACCUGCCAAGCCCAUUAAAACUUCCCUUUCAAAAUUAGACCUUCUGAGCAUCCUGCUAAACCAUAGCAAACUUCCUGUACCCCAUGGGCAAAGGUCAAGCUUAGGGCUAGGGACUGCCCUGGUGGUCCAGUGGUUAAGACUUCACCUUCAUGCAGAGGGGGCACGAGUUCUACCCCUGGUCGGCGAGCUAAGAUCCUACAUGCCUCAUGGCCAGAAAACCAAAAAGCAUAAGACAGGAGCAGUAUUGUAGCAAAUUCAGUAAGGACUUUAAAAAUGGUCCACAUCAAGGAUAUCUUUUAAAAAAAAAAAAAAGGGCUUGGGGUUAUAAGGACUUUCCCAGGGUAACAUGGAUCCUCAUAGAUUUGGUGAGGAAUUCAGUAUCGUAACCCUGAUUUACCAGCUUGGUCCCUCCAGUCUCUAUCAAACAGUCCACAUGCUUGUCUAAAAUAAGUCAAGCCCAGCACUGGACUAAAACAACCAGUUGAGAAAACCCUGAACCAUCUCUUAGGCUCCCUCCCCCAAUUUAAAUUUUGAUUUAUUUAUUUUUAUUUAAUUAAUUAAUUAAUUUUUGGCUGUGUUGGGUCUUCGUUGCUGUGAGCGGGGGCUGCUCUUCGUUGCGGUGUGCGGGCUUUUCAUUGCGGUGGCUUCUCUUGUUGCAGAGCACGCCUCUAGGCGCGCGGCCUUCAGUAGUUGUGGCAUGCGGGCUUCAGUAGUCGUGGCUCGCAGGCUCUGGAGCACAGGCUCAGUAGUUGUGGUGCACGGGCUUAGUUGCUCCACGGCAUGUGGGAUCUUCCCAGACCAGGGCUCGAACCUGUGUCCCCUGCAUUGGCAGGCAGAUUCCCAACCACUGCACCACCAGGGAAGUCCGAUCUCUUAGGCUUAAACGAAACCAACCACCAGCCCUUUUAUGUGAUCAGGCUGGCAGUACAGCCAGAAGCCUGCAUGAAGCCAUCCCUAGAGUCUUCCCCAAGUCCGUGGACUGGAACAAGAUUCAGGCAUGCACCCAGAAGCCUGCUGUAUCUGUCCAUAACUGUUAGAGCAGGCUCCAGAUUGUUUUCAAGGAAAAUUUCAGGCUUCCCACAGAUGCCGAAUCCACCCAGGUGGCUUUUAAUUCCACGUUUGUAUAUGAUCUAACCAAGGACUCACCCUGUUAGUCAAAAGAACCUGUAUAGAAUGGGAAACAGUAUCUACCCUGAUCUUGUCACUUUGGCCACUCAAUUGGCUCGUACCCCAGAAGAUGACACCAAAAGAAAGACAACUCCCGCAGAUGGAGACUCAAAGCAAAUCUGGCCGUUGGAAAAAGGAUUGCUAUAAAUUGAAAUCCAAACACUUGCAACCCUCCAAGAACCGACAGCCAAACCCACCCCAAGGAUGUGACUCAGAGGACACACAGGGACUGUUCCCUGUCCGUCCAUUAAAUAGCCUGGGGAAGACUCUUCUCCAGAUCAGAGACAAGUUUCUUAUAGUAUUAAUUGGCACAGGGGCUGCUCUGUCAGCGCCCAGCCUAACUACAGCGAAACAGUUCCUUCCUCACAGUAUUACAUACGUUCCAAUAGUGGGGACCUCACGCUGCAACAUGUCCCUGUUUCCCAGCCCAUACCUUUUUGUCUGGGGCCUUUGCAAAACAAACACCCAUUUCUCCUCAGCAGUGUGGCUCCUAUACAUGUAUUAGGAUGAGAUUUCCUGGAGAAAUAGCAUGCUGCCACUUUUUCCCUCAAAAUCAACAGUUCAAAUCAACACUUAGGAAGAUUAAACCCCUUUUUGCCUUUAUUACAUUGCAAAGCUAAAAAGACCAAGCUUUGGACUUACCCCACUAUUAACCAGGUACCCCUCCCCCCCACUCUUUGGGCAGAAUCCUCAACAGACAUAGGCAGAAUUCAUAGUGCCUCUCCUAUUAAGACAUACAAUACCCUAUAAAUAAAGAAGUCUUCCAGGACAUAAGUUCUAUCAUAGAAGACGGUAAGGCCGAAGGACUCUUUGUCCCUUGCACUAGUCUUUGUAAUAGCCCUGUCUUACCUGUAAAAAACCCAGCAGCCAAGGAGGGAGAUUUGUGCAGGACCUUUGGCAAUAAACAGCAUUGUAAUUCCUUGCCACCCUGUCACCUGUAAUCCCCACGUGCUGUCAGUGUUCAUCUCUACGGGAAGCAACUUUUUCACUGUGGUCGACUUAGGCAGUAUGUUUUUUUAGUAUUCCUGUUGAUAAAGAGUCAAUAUCUUGCCUUUACCUGGGAAGGACAACAAUAUACCUGGACAGUCAUACGUCAGGGCUUUACUGAGGUUCCUCUUCUGACAGAUUUUAAAGGCGACUUAAAUGAUGUAGAAUUCUCUGGAGGCACCACCUUACUGUAACAUGUAGAUGAUUUGCUUCUUUGCUCGCCCUCCCAAAAUUUCCACAGAGACAUUGUUCACCUGUUAAAGAUCUUAGCCAUUAAGGGAUAUAAGGCCUUGAAGGAAAGACUGCAAUUUGUCCAAACUCAUGUUUGAUAUCUAGGACAUUUAAUCUCAGAAUGGAGACUACACCUAGAUCCCGAUAGGCUUCAAGGCAUUUUAAACUCUCCAAACCCCCAAACCAAAUGUCAGUUACGGAGUUUCCUUGGGCUAGCUGGUUAUUGUUGCAACUGGGUUCCAAACUUCUCUUUAAUGAUUCUGCCCCCCAUAUGCUCCCUUUUGUUGUUGGCCGUGCCACACAGCACGUGGGAUCUUAGUUCCCUGACCAGGGAUUGAACUCGGGCCCCCUGCAGUGGGAGCCUGGAGUCUUAACCACAGACCACUGGGGAAGUCACCUUAUAUGCCUUUCUAAAGAACAGCAGACCUGACCUCCUUUUUUGGGAUGACCAAGAUCGUUUAGCCUUUGAAGGAAAGUUUAAUAAAUCCACCGACCCUUGAAUACCCAAAUUAUCAGCUACCCUUUUCCUUAUUGUUUAUGAGAAGGAAGGGAAUGCCCUCGGGAUAUUUACCCCAAAAUAUGGGGCUAUCACUGACCCCUGGGUUACUACACCCAACGGUUAGAUCCCUGGCCUGAGCAUAUGGCAUGGCUUAGAGCUAUGCCUGCUGCUGUCCUCUUAGUAAAGGCUACCAUCUUUGCACCUCACACCGUUGAGGCUCUCUUGAGUUCACACCACACUCAACACCUUUCAGCAAGCCAUUUUACCCCUUUGAAAUCUUCUUACUCGCUGUGCCCGCGUCACUCCCAUUCAGUGUAACAGUCUCAACCCUGCAACCUAUCGUCCCUCCUCCACUGAUAAAAUUCCCCAUGACUUCCCAUGAUGGCACCUCAUGACUACUUACAGGAAACCUCCUUGAUGAAUCCUGAUCUUAUGUGGUUUACUAAUGGCUCUUACCUGAAAAAUGAAAAUGGUGAAUUUUGUGCUGGGGCUGUGAAGUUAUUGAGGCUGCCGCCCUGACUUUGGCUGCUUCAGGUCAACAAGCUGAAUCACACAGGCAUACCUUAUUUUGUUGUGCUUUGCAGAUAUUGUGUCUUUUGGUAAAUUGAAGGUUUGUGACGACCCUGUGUCAGCGUCGGUCAGCGCCGGUCAGCGCCAUUUUUCCAACAGCGUUUGCUCACUUCAUGUGACUGUGACAUUUUGGUAAUUCUCACAGUAUUAUUGUAUUUGUUAUAGUGAUCUGUGGUCAGUGACCUUUGACGUUCCUACAACUCGCUGAAGACUCAGCUGAUGGUUAGCACUUUUUAGCAAUAAAGUAUUUUUAAAUUAAGGAGAUAAAAACAUUCAGAUGGCAGAUAACAGUUUUUCAGAUGGGGUUCCUUCAGAUUCCUUGGAAGCUGCUAAAAAUGCAAGUAAUACAGAAAAGCUCGCAGACCAGGUGAUGCAGAAUCCUCAAGUUUUGGCAGCUUUACAGGAACGACUUGACAGUGUCUCCCACACUCCUUCGAGCUACAUCGAGACUUUACCUAAAGCAGUAAAAAGAAGAAUCAACGCACUGAAACAGCUUCAGGUGAAAUGUGCUCAUAUAGAAGCCAAGUUCUAUGAAGAAGUUCAUGACUUGGAAAGAAAGUAUGCAGCAUUAUACCAGCCUCUCUUUGACAAGAGAAGGGAAUUCGUCACUGGUGACGCCGAGCCGACAGACGCAGAAUCCGAAUGGCACAGUGAGAACGAAGAGGAGGACAAAUUGGCCGGAGACAUAAAAAAUAAAGCAGUCAUAGCGGAAAAAGAAGCAGCAGCAGCAGAAGAGCCAAACCCAAAAGGAAUUCCAGAGUUCUGGUUUACCAUCUUCAGAAAUGUAGAUAUGCUAAGUGAAUUAGUUCAGGAAUAUGAUGAGCCAAUCCUGAAGCACCUGCAGGACAUCAAAGUGAAAUUUUCAGACCCUGGACAGCCUAUGUCUUUUGUAUUAGAGUUCCACUUUGAAUCCAACGACUACUUUACCAAUUCAGUCCUGACAAAAACGUACAAGAUGAAGUCAGAGCCAGAUAAGGCCGAUCCCUUUUCCUUUGAAGGUCCUGAAAUAGUUGACUGUGACGGGUGUACCAUUGACUGGAAGAAAGGAAAAAAUGUAACAGUCAAAACCAUCAAGAAAAAGCAGAAACAUAAGGGCCGAGGCACCGUCAGAACAAUCACCAAACAAGUCCCCAACGAUUCCUUUUUCAACUUCUUCAGUCCGCUGAAAGCAUCAGGGGAUGGAGAAUCACUGGAUGAAGACUCCGAAUUCACGUUAGCCUCCGACUUUGAGAUUGGACACUUCUUCCGUGAGCGGAUCGUGCCGCGCGCCGUGCUCUACUUCACGGGGGAGGCCAUAGAGGACGACGACAACUUUGAAGAAGGUGAGGAAGGAGAGGAGGAGGAAUUAGAAGGUGAUGAGGAGGGAGAAGAUGAGGACGAUGCCGAAAUUAACCCCAAGAAGGAGCCCAGCCAGCCCUCGGAGUGCAAGCAGCAGUGAGGCGCCGCUCGCUCGUGUGGACAAGUGCUUACGCCUAACUUGUUUUCAAGUGCAUGAUUUUCACUUUAACUUCUCCUUUUACUUUAUUAUUUUGCUUAACCUGUACAGUGGCAACUCAGAUGCAUUUCAGAAAUAGGAGGUUUAAUUCCAGCAGCACGCUCUACGGCCUUGGGUGCAGCUCAGUGGACCCGCCCAGCCCUGCCUUAGGGAGGGCCUCGCAGACCGCUGGGGCGGUGGGGUGGGGGCGGAUCACUUGACGCCGGGGGCACGUGUCCAGGGCGCAGUUCCAAGGUGUGUAGAUCCAGUUCACCCCUCCCGCCAUCAGACGGGAUUCCUGUUUCUUUGGAAGAAACCCACAUGCAGUUUCCAGUUGUCUCGGGAGAGCCGGCCGGGGUUGGCAUUCAUCCUGCUCGCCCUUUGGCUUUAUUUUCCUCGGGGCUGGGGUGAGGGUCGCGGCGCCCACUGAGCCUGAGGCGCGAGCUUGUGUGAUUCAUCUCGUAUUUAUUUCUCUCUCACGCUUGUGAGGGCUUGGGACGUGAGCUGUCCUUCGAGUUUCUGAGACCCUGUGGGCACCAGAGACCCGGUGCCCCGAGCAAGAGUUGGUGGUCCGCCCGCAGGGAAGAAGGCCUCCCUCCCGCCAGCCGUGGGCCAGGGCUGGUUCUCGGGACGCACGGACCACGCUUGGCGCUGAGGACGGGGGGGGUGGGGCUAUGGGCAGAGCCAGGGUUUGCCAGGCUUCGCGGGGAGGGGCUCGGGCAGGAAAGUACAGCUUUCCCACGUAGUGUGUAAAAUGUCUUGCUUUCUCGGUAGCUCCCGUUUCUCAGCCUCACAUUCACCUUGUCUUAAAAGCCCUGGGUUCCGAGCGACCCGUUCUUGGCUGGAAUGUGGGUGUCGAGUGUGUGACCUCUGGCCCCAGGGGCAUCCACGCUGUGGCCAGGCUGUAGACUGCUCAGCCUUACUUAUGAUACAUUUGUAACUGAAUACAGUGUUUUCAAUUUGUACAGACUAGUUAGAAUAUUCUAUUAAAGUUGUGAACUGCGA